AUUGUUUAUUUACUGGUAUUUUAGAUUCUUCAACAACAAAUGAAUGAAUAUAAAUAUCACUACUUUUUCACAAGCUUUGACUUAGAAAAUUUCGAUCUAGAAGAUUUCAAAUAUAACUUUGUAAAUAUAACAUCAUUUCGGCUUGUUGACAUAGGCGAUGUAGCGGUCAAAGAAAUUCUUAAAGACAUUGAAUAUCAUAAUCGGCGAAUUCUGAAUCGAAAGGAGUCUACUUAUAAAUCAAGGAAAACAGUUAGUAUCGAGACAGAGGCGGCUCUGAUGUUUGACGCCGUAUAUGUGUUUGCUAUCGGUUUACAGUCAAUUUAUCCAUUGCUUCAGCUAUCAAAUUUGACUUGUGAUGAUGAACUGCCGUGGAAUGGCGGCCUUAGCUUGAUCAACUAUAUAAAUGCGGUUGAGUGGAAAGGAUUAACCGGACCCAUACAAUUCAAAGAAGGUCAACGCAUUCAAUUUAAGCUCGACCUAAUCAAGUUAAAGCAACAUUCUAUAGUAAAAGUUGGUGAAUGGACGCCUCAAAAUCAUCUUAAUAUAACAGAGCCCUCAUUAUUUUUUGAUGCUGGUUCAAUGAAUGUAACUUUGGUCGUAAUUACUAUAUUGGAAACGCCUUAUGUGAUGAUGCAUUAUGGAAAAAACUAUACGGGAAAUGAACGCUUUUACGGAUUUUGUGUUGAUAUUUUGGAAAACAUCUCGCAUGAAGUUGGAUUUGACUACAUAUUAGAUUUGGUUCCCGAUAGAAAGUAUGGCGCAAAAGAUCCAGAAACAGGUCAAUGGAAUGGAAUGGUGGCUCAGCUUAUGAAAUAUAAGGCGGACUUGGCUGUUGGUUCAAUGACAAUUACAUAUGCCAGAGAGAGUGUUAUAGAUUUCACUAAACCAUUUAUGAAUCUAGGAAUAAGCAUUUUGUUUAAGGUAUGAAUGUAAUUAUAUUUAAACUUUC